AUGAAUUUAAUAAAUUAAUGUUAAUAAUCAAAUAUAUCAUGCAUAAGUUAUUCAAUUUUAGUUGGAUAUGCCAUUAUAAUUACACUUAUAGCUGUUAAAGCUCUUAGUAGAAUGAUGAAGUCUUCAAUAAGUAUUCAAGAAUUAAAUCCAAUGAUUUUAUGCAUAAUAUAAUCUCUUUUACAUGUUAUUCAAUAUGCAGUGACUGAAAAUAAUACUAUAUAAAUAAUUACCCUCUAUUUUUAAAUACUUAUUUUCACUUCAAUUUCAUUUUUAUUUGCAAAACUAUGCUAUUAAGUGAAGACUGGAACACUUAUUUUGAGAAGCUUCAAAAUGUUUAAGAUUCUACAAUUUAUUUUUUAUGGAAUAAUUUGUGUAUUUUAAGUAUUAGCCUUAAUUUUGUCUAGCAAAGAUUCAUGUGAUAAGUAAGUUUAUUUCUAAUCUAUAUAGAUAUUAUUAUCUGAGUAUAAUUUUAAUUAUUGUGUAACAAUUUUCAUCAACUAUAAUUACAGCUUAUUUUGGAAUUAAGUUACUCUAAAAACUCUAAAGAGUUAGUUAAUACAUAUAGUUUAAAACUAUGAAUCCAAAAGCGUAUAAAAUUAAUAAAUUUUAGUGUUUAUGAUUCAUUUGCUAAAAUGUCCUUAUGUAAUCCAAGAGCUACAAUUAUAGAACCAAAAGAAUUAUUAUAAACAGCCAAACAAAUUAAAAUUGUACUAUGGUUAAUGCUAAUCACUAUAUUAUUAUAUAUUUCCUUUAUUUUAAUUGCUAUACUAAUAUUCAAAAAAAUGACUUGUGAACAUUCAAUAGAAAAGGAUAAAUAAAACAUAUUAAAUGUAUUUUAUGGAAUCAUAUAAAUGACACCAUGUUUGGUAAUUCCUUAUGCAUUUGGAUUUAUUCCAUAAGUAUAGGCUUAAGGUUAAGAAUACGAUGAUUGUCUUAUAAUUUUAGAUAAAUCUUAAGCAAAAUCAAAAGAUUCAAUUCAAAUAUGA